AUGUUAUUAUUUUUAAUUUAAGUAGCAUAAGCCAUAAAUUUUUCAAGAGAAGUUGCAUCAUAAAUUUUUGAGUAAGGAAAACCUGCAAUGGUUUUAUUCUAUGAAAAUUCUCAAUAAGAUUAAUUGAAUGAAUUUUAGAAAGUGAAAAAUGAAAAUUUAUUAUUGGUUGAAGCAAACAAUUAGGAUAAAUCUGUAAAUAAAUUAAUCUAAUUACUUUAAAUUGAUUAAUUACCAGCUAUAAAAUUAUUGAAAUGUGAAGGUAAGACAUGGCAAGAUGUAUAAAGUAUUAAUUUUGAUGAUCAAUUACAUUAUGAUAAGUUGAAUAAAUUUAUCUAAAGAUAUCAAGAGGGUUAAUUAUUGUAUGAUAUUUAAAGUGAAGAUGUCCCAGGGAAAUAAGUGUAAGAAGGUAUUGAAAUUGUAGUAGGACAUAAUUUCGAAGAGCAUGUUAAGGAUACUAAUAGGAAUUAUUUGAUUUAUUUUUAUUCUUAGGAUUGUGAUUUAUGUGCUUCAAUGUUAUAGAAUUUAAUUAGAUUGAAUAAUUAGAUUAGAACAGGAAAGACAUCAAUAAAACCAAAUAAAGUAAGAAUUGGUAAAAUCAAUGGAGAAUUAAAUAAAAUUAAUGGACUUAAAAUAGAAAGAUAUCCUACCUUAUAUCUAUAUAAAAUGAAUGAUAAGAUUCCUAUUGAAUAUAAGGGAGAUCGAACUACUGAAGGAAUGUUAAUGUGGAUAGAGAGUAUGAAUUUUUGA